AUGUCGACUGAGCAUGUGCCCACCGAGGACAGCCGCCAUGAGCAUGUCCUCAAGACGCCUCUCUGGAUGCUUGUCAUUCGUGGCUUUCAACUCCUCAUCUCUCUGAUCAUCGUCGUCCUGGCAGGUCGUCUCAUGCACGAUGCCUACUUGGACGAAGAGGGCCUCGCGCUGGCGAUUUCCCUCAUCACCUGGGUCAUCGUUGCUUAUGUCGUCCUCGCCGAGAAGCUUUCUGCGCUGCACAACGCAUACCACAUCAUCGCCGUUCUGGUCCUAGAAGGCUUCAUGGUGAUUAUGUGGCUCGCAACAUUUGCCGCCGUCGCUGCAGAGCGUGCUCGGUACGUCGUAAGAAUCCAGACGUUUGGAUGCUUCGACGACGGCAGCUUCCUCGACAGCAAGACCUGCUUCACCAAGAGGGACGACAAUGUCAUUCUCUUCAAGACUGGCGCGGCCAUGCUGGCUGCCAUUGCUGGCCUCGGUGCCCUCAUGUGGCUGCUGUUCAUUGCCACCUUUGCAUGGACCAUGGUCAUGUUCUUCCGUGGUCGCAAAGAGGGACGAUUCCUGUUCAGCACUGGUACCACCAACGAGCAUCAGAUAGAGAGCCAGGCGCACAUGCACCCGGCCGGCCAGCCAGAGAAGAUCGUACAGCCGCAGUACCAGCCGCAGGCACAGUACCCUCAGCAGCAGCCUGUAGGAUACUACCAGCCCCAGCCUGGGAUGCAGCCGCAGCAGGAACAGUACAUCCAGCAGGCAUAUCAGCCGUCUUUGAGUUCGCAGGCCGUCAGCCCGCCACCGCAGCAAUCACAAGGACCGUACCAGCCGCCGACACAUGAGCUGCAUGGCCAUCAACAACAGCCAAAUGGACAGUACCAACAAUAUCCGCCGCCUCCAGGCCAGCAGCAACCCGGGUAUCCGCAGCAGUCUCCUCCUCAAAUUUACACUCCUGCCAACGAAUUGGAAGGUGGACAGCACGGGCAGCAUUACGAGAUGCCGUCGCCUCCUCCGGCCUCGCCCCCGCCGGCCCAGCAGCAUUAG